AUGGUGUGGAUUUCGACUGAUGUGAGUUUCGUUGGAAAAAAUAAGUCCGCAUUAGUCUAGAUCAUCCACAAAUUAUGUAAAUGACUUUUGGGUAAUGUAAAUUAAACAUCCAGUGAUUUUCGAACCAGGGUUUCUAUUCUACAGUACCUGGGUUGCUAAUCUACAGCACCACCCAAUCGGGAUUUUAUUAAAAAGGUAGAAAUAGUGCAAAUAGAAAAUGGUGAGCAUAAUUUCAGAUUUAAAGGGAAAAUUGAUGGGGGUUCAAAUAUAUUCAAGUUAUCUAUGUUUACUGUUGAUAAACUUUUUUGACGAAAAACGAUGGAAAUUUCAGUGGAAAAAAAAAUAUCACAUGAAAAUGAGUACUGCCAAAGUGUUUUUUUUUAAAUUCAAAAUUUCAGGAUGCCAACAUUGAAAUCGUCGUUGUCGGUGCUUUGUUGUUGCGCUAUUUGCAUGGUCAUUUCACCAAUGUAAGUCGCAUAUUUUCAGAACUUUUGUCUUAAAAUUAAAAAUCAAUCAUUUUUACAGAUCGAUGCUUUUAUUUCAAUUUUUAAACAACUUCUGCUUCAGAGUCUCGAAGGAAAGGAAUGGGAUAUAUUAGCUCCAAAAAUGGUGAGUUUUGAAGGAGACCACCCAUGAUGAAAAAAGAAAAUUUCGGAGAAAUUUGAUCCAGGAGACUCAAAACCUUUUUACAGGAGAAAGAGAAAGAUGCAUUUCUAUAA